GCUAAAGCUAUUUAUUAUGAGUUCUCUAAUUAUUUUGAUGGUUUUAGCUUUAUUGCUAACAUUAGGGAAGUUUCUGAAAAAGGAAAUUUGAUUUUACUUCUACAACAACUUCUUGAAGAAAUUUUGAUGGAAAGAAAUAUACUGAGUGUUGAUCGUGCAAUUAACAUUAUCAAGAAUAGACUACAUCGUAAGAAAGUUCUUCUUGUUCUUGAUGAUGUUAGUCAAUUGGACCAAUUAGAAGAUUUGGCAGGAAAGCCUAAUUGGUUUGGAUUGGGUAGUUGGAUCAUUAUAACAACUACAGAUAAACAUUUGUUGGUCGAACAUGGCGUGGAUAACAUAUAUACGCCUAAUGUAUUGAAUAGUGAUGAUGCUUUAAAACUUUUUUGUUUGAAAGCCUUCAAGAAUGAAAACCCUGAUGAACGUUAUAAGCAACUCUCCCAGAAUAUUGUACACUAUGCUAAAGGCCUUCCAUUAGCUCUUGUUAUUUUGGGUUCCUUUUUCAUUGGAAGAACAAUGGAAGAAUGGAAAAGUGCAUUGGUUGAUUUAAAACAAAUUCCUCAAGGAAAAAUAUUUGAUACUCUUAAAGUAAGUUAUUAUGGACUAGAGGAAAGGUGGAAGGAGAUAUUUUUGGAUAUUGCAUGUUUCUUUAGAGGAAAGACGGAAAGUCGAGUAAUAGAGUUAUUAAACUAUCGUGGUUUUGAGGCGAGACUCGGUAUAAAGGUUCUGAUGGAAAGAUCUCUCAUAACCAUAGAAAAUAACAGAUUGUGGAUGCAUGAUCUAUUACAAGAAAUGGGCAGAAAAAUUGUCCAAGAAUUACAUAAAAAGCCUAGAAAGCGUAGCAGAUUGUGGACUUUUAAAGAUUUGCUUCAUGUAUUGAAGAAAGAUAAGGCAGCGGAAGCACUUCAAGCCAUAGUCCUAAAUCGUUAUGAAUGGGAAAGACAAGACUGGAACUCUGAAACCUUUUUUGAAGCUUUUUCAAAGAUGUGUAAUCUUAGAUUGCUUAUAAUUCACAAUGUGCACAUCCCCAAUGGUCUGAAUCAUGUUUCUAACAACCUAAGAUUUCUUCAAUGGAUUGGGUAUCCUUCAGAAUGUUUGCCAUCCAGUUUCCAACCAAAAGAGCUUCUGGAACUUUGUUUACAUGAUAGCAAAAUGAAAUAUCUAUGGAAAGGAGUAAAGUAUUUGGACAAUUUGAAAUGUAUGGAUCUUAGAUAUUCCAAGGACCUUAUUGAGACACCUGACUUCAGAGGAGUUCCAAGACUUGAGAGAUUACAUCUUAGUUGGUGCAAUAAUUUGGUUGACAUCCACCCAUCUAUUGGGCAACUCAGUAGCCUUAUUGUUUUAGAUCUAGAAUACUGUGUCUCUCUCAUUCAUCUUCCCAGCAUGUCUAGUGAAAUGGAGUCACUUAAAAUUCUUAAACUCUGCGGUUGCUCAAAAAUCAGUAAGAUUCCGGAAUUUAAGGGAAUAAUGAGAAGCCUAUCAGAACUUCAUUUGGAUAAGACUACUAUUGAAAAACUACCCUCAUCAAUCGAGUUUUUGACUGCCCUUACUUUAUUGAGUCUAAGGGAUUGUCAAUAUCUCACAUGUCUUCCACGUAACAUGGAUAGUUUGAGGUCACUUGAAAAACUUGUUGUUAUCGGAUGCUCAAAACUUACCUACCUGCCACAGCACCUUUGGAAUAAUAAGUGUUUGGAACAUGAUUUGAGUCGAACUGUAUUUAGACAGCCGUUAGACAAAAAUGUUUCUGUGAGGUGUCGGUCACUUUCCCCAACAUUCAAACGGAUUGGGUAUCCUUCACAAUGUUUGCCAUCCAGUCCAAAAGAGCUUUGGGAACAUCUUUUUAUCAAAAUUACUAAUCAUAAGAAAGGAAUGAAGGUUUCCAUGAGCAGACAAGGAGCCUCAAUGUUGUCGCCAUCUUCUUCUAUGACAUCUUGCUGGAAAUACGAUUUGUUUCUUAGUUUUAGUGGUAUAGACACCCGUCAAAGUUUUACGAAUCAUCUUUUGGCUGCUUUGAAACGGAAGGGCAUUCUGACCUUUAAGGACGAUGAAGGACUUGACAGAGGAAAAUCAAUUUUAUCAGAGCCUUUGAAAGUAACAGAAGAAUCGAGGUUUGCGAUUAUCAUUUUCUCUACAAACUAUGCAUCUUCUAGACGGUGCUUAGAUGAACUUGCAAAGAUCGUUAGAUGGAGGGAAGAGAAAGGAUUGACAAUUUUGCCAAUUUUUUAUCAUGUGGAUCCAUCUCAUGUACGAAAACAGAUAGAAACUUUUGGACAAGCUUUUAUUAAACAUGAAGGUAAAGAGAGCAUAGAAAGGGUAGAAACAUGGAGAGAUGCUUUGAAGGAAGUGGCCAAUCUCUCUGGUUGGCAUUUACAGGAUAGGCAUGAGGCAGAAUUUAUCACGCACCUCGUGGGAGAGAUUUCACAUAGGUUAAAUCUAGAAUCCCCAAGCUUUACCAAAGACUUGGUAGGAAUAAAUUCUUCAGUGGAGAAAUUGAUCACUUGUUAUUUUGGUCUUGUGAACAAGGUUUGUAUUGUAGGGAUUUGUGGCAUGGGGGGGCUGGGAAAGACAACCCUUGCUAGAGCUGUUUAUGAUAGGUUCUCUGAAUAUUUUGAAGGUUCUAGCUUUAUUGCUAACGUUAGGGAAGUUUCAGAAAAAGGUGAUUUGAUUUCACUACAACAACAACUUCUUGAAGAUAUUUUGGGGGAAAAAAAUAGCAAGAUAUGGAAUGUUUAUCAUGGAGUUGAAAUGAUCAAGAAUAGGCUACAAGGUAAAAAAGUUCUACUAGUUCUUGAUGAUGUUAAUCAAUUGGACCAAUUACAAAAGUUGGUAGGAGAGGAUGGUUGGUUUGGAUUUGGUAGUUGGAUCAUUAUAACAACUAGAAAUAAACAUUUGUUGGUCCAACAUGGUGUGCAUAACAUAUAUAAGCCUGAUGUAUUGAAUAGAGAGGAUGCUUUAAAACUUUUUUGUUUGAAAGCCUUUAAAAUUGAAAACCCCAAAGAAGGUUAUAGGCAACUCUCCCAGAAUAUUGUACAAUAUGCUAAUGGCCUUCCAUUAACUCUUGUUACUUUGGGUUCCUUUCUGUAUGGAAGAACAACGGAAGAAUGGCAAAGUGCAUUGGUCAAUUUAAAAAAAAUUCCUCACAAAGAAAUAUUUCAUAUUCUUAAAGUGAGUUAUGAUGGAUUAGAUGAAGUGUCAAAGGAGAUAUUUUUUGAUAUUGCAUGUUUCUUUAGAGGAAAGACAGAAGGUCGAGUAAUAGAGUUAUUGAAGUAUCAUGGUUUUGAGGCGAGAAUCGGUAUAAAGGUUUUGAUGAAAAGAUCUCUCAUAACCAUAGAAAAUAACAUAUUGUGGAUGCAUGAUCUAUUACAAGAAAUGGGCAGACAAAUUGUCCUAGAAUCACAUAAAAAGCCUGGAAAUCGUAGCAGAUUGUGGUCUUUUGAAGAUUUGCUUCAUGUAUUGAAGAAAGAUACGGCAGCGGAAGCACUUCAAGCCAUAGUCCUAAAUCGUUAUGAAUGGGAAAGACAAGACUGGAACUUUGAAACCUUUUCUGAAGCUUUUUCAAAGAUGUGUAAUCUUAGAUUGCUUAUAAUUCACAAUGUGCACAUCCCCAAUGGUUUGAAUCAUGUUUCUAACAACCUAAAAUUUCUUCAAUGGAUUGGGUAUCCUUCAGAAUGUUUGCCAUCCAGUUUCCAACCAAAAAAGCUUCUGGAACUUAGUUUACGUGAUAGCAAAAUGAAAUAUCUUUGGAAAGGAUUAAAGUAUUUGGACAAUUUGAAAUGCAUGGAUCUUAGAAAUUCCAAGGACCUUAUUGAGACACCUGACUUCACAGGAGUUCCAAGACUUGAGAGACUACAUUUUAGAUGGUGUGAUAAUUUGGUUGAGAUCCACCCAUCUAUUGGGCAACUCAGUAGGCUUAUUGUUUUAGAUCUAGAAUACUGUGUCUCUCUUACUGAUCUUCCCAGCAUGUCUAGUGAAAUGGAAUCCCUUAAAAUUCUUAAACUCUGCGGUUGCUCAAAAAUCAGGAAGAUUCCGGAAUUUAAGGGAAUAAUGAGAAGCCUAUCAUCAGAACUUCAUUUGGAUAAGACUGCUAUUGAAAAACUACCCUCAUCAAUCGAGUGUUUGACUGCCCUUACUUUAUUGAGUAUGAGGGAUUGUCAAUAUCUCACAUGUCUUCCACGUAACAAGGAUAGUUUGAGGCCACUUAAAAAACUUCUUGUUAUUGGAUGCUCAAAACUUACCUACCUGCCAGAGCACCUUCGGAAUAUAGAGUGUUUGGAACAUGAUUUGAGUCGAACUGCAUUUGGACAGCCUCUAGAUAGAAAUGUUUCUGUGAGGAGCCGGUCACUUUCCCCAACGCUGAGUAGGUUUCCACCAUUUACACCUAACCAUAUCUGGAGAGUAUCUUUCAAGGGAUGUCAAUUGUCAUCAUCUUUGUUGACUUCUACGCCAGGAAGUUACGCGAUAGAUCUCAGUGACCUACAGAACUUAGAUCUAAGUAGAAAUAAUUUCGUUUCCCUUCCUGAAAGCACCUAUCAACUCUCUGAACUAAAACUUUUUUGCUUGGAUGGUUGCAAAAUCCUUCGAUCAUCAUCAAAUAUUCCUUCAAUCAUUACCUCACUGGAGAUAGUGCCAGAACCACCAAAUGAUUUCUACUGGUCAUAUAACAAUUUCACUGUCCAGUGUUUCAACCGCUUCACAUUGGCUUACAAUAUUCAAAACUUCAGUAAUAUGUUUCAGGGGCUCCUUUGUCUGGAACCAUCACCAGCACUGCACGGGCAGAGCAGUUGGUCACAACUCUGGUCGCAAUGGCCUCAAUAUAAUGAAAUCAGCGUUGGAAUGACAUUGACAAUAUUGAAUCGUUACCUACAGGGGCUCCUUUGUCCAAAAACUGGAUAUGAAACUUCUAUCAGAAGGAAAGAGGACGGAUUUGGAAUUGCAUUUCAGAUAAUUAUUCCUGGAUGUGAAAUUCCGUGGUGGAUAACUCAUCAAAGGUCAGGGAACUCAAUAAGCAUAGAGCUGCCUCCAAAUUGGUGUAAUAGCAGGUGGAUGGGAUUCGCACUCUGCGCUUCUUUGGAUGCAUCAUAUUCACAUAUUUCUGUUGAAGAGUUUGUCCAUGGCGAAACAUUUGGACUUAAAGCUCGUGUGAUAGCCCUUGGUGAUAUGCCUCACUGUUAUUAUACCACUGAAAUUUCCUGUAGCACAAAACUUGUUGCGAGGCACAUUUGGCUAUUGCAUCUGUCUCGUGAUGAUUGGUUUGCUACUGCUCGGAGUGGUGAAUUCAAUCAGAUUGAGGUUGUAUUUGAGAGCUCUAGGCCAGGCUUAUUUGUGCGGAAAUGUGGGCUCAGUUUGGUAUAUAAGCAAGGUGUGGAAAUGUUCACCCAAACAAUAUGCAGCAGUAAUGGCAUUACUUUUGAGGGUUGGGAUGGUUCUCAUAAUGAAUUUGACAAUUUAUGGAGAAACUGUGAUGACUAUAAUGAAAAUGAACCUAGUGCAAUUUGCAGCUCUUCUGAGGAAAUUGAAAGUUGCAUCUCUUCAGACAAUGGUAUACAAAUUUUAUACCCAAGCAACAUUAGUGUAAGCGAUCAAAAGAAUUGUUACUGUCCAGCCCGAGCUCCACUGAAAACAAUAUUCACUACUCAUGAGAAUCUUGGAAGAAGGUUUUGGAGUUGUGGCAAAAUCAAGCAAAAUGUAAGUUGCGGGUUCUUCGAAUGGGAAGAUCAAGAAAUGUGUUCCCAUGAACGAAGAGUGAUAUGUGAACUACAAGAACGCCUGGAGAAGAUUGAUAAGGAUAAAGUUGAUCAAGAUGAGUUAGUUAUACUUCGUGAAGGAAACAAAAACUUGAGGAUUGCUUUGUUGUUUUUGGGGAUUGCUUUGUUGUUUUCUUGGGUUGCCAUUGUAAUCUAUCUAUAUUAUAAUUUUAUAUCUUCAAGCUGAAACUUAACAUUUAUUACUGCUAAACUCUUGUUGUGCCACCUCAUUGUCACAUAAUUGGCCACAAAAUUAUUAUC